CAUAGGGGCAGUGUCUUUGGUGCAUACCAAAGCCUAGACAGAUGCCUGAAUAUCAAUUGUGUUGUUGCAUAAAGUGUUAUUAAAGAGGGAGGUCGGUCUAUUCGUGUGAACAGUUGUCCUCGUUUCUUCCCUCACAGCACCAGGUGCCACUCUUGCUCUGGUACCCCCAAAAUGGCUCAUCGAAGUGGGCAGGAGGACCCGGAGCGGUACUUGUUUGUGGACCGCGCUGUCGUCUACAACCCGGCCACACAGGCCGACUGGACAGCCAAGAAGGUGGUGUGGAUCCCUUCAGAGCGUCAUGGCUUUGAGGCGGCCAGCAUCAAGGAGGAGCGGGGAGAGGAGGUGGUGGUGGAACUGUCAGAGAAUGGCAAGAAGGCCGUUGUCAAUAAGGACGACAUCCAGAAGAUGAACCCACCCAAGUUCAGCAAGGUGGAAGACAUGGCUGAGCUCACCUGCCUGAACGAGGCCUCUGUGCUGCACAACCUCAAGGACCGCUACUACUCUGGCCUCAUCUACACUUACUCUGGGCUGUUCUGUGUGGUGAUAAACCCCUACAAAAACCUGCCCAUCUACUCAGAGAACAUCAUAGAGAUGUACAGAGGGAAGAAGCGUCAUGAGAUGCCACCACACAUCUACGCCAUUUCAGAGUCAGCAUACCGCUGCAUGCUCCAAGAUCGUGAAGACCAAUCAAUCCUUUGCACAGGCGAGUCGGGUGCCGGCAAGACAGAAAACACCAAAAAGGUCAUCCAGUACCUGGCCCACGUCGCCUCGUCACACAAAGGACGCAAAGACCACAACAUUCCUCCCGAAUCCCCUAAAGCAUUGAACAAGCUCCAGGGCGAGCUGGAACGGCAGCUUCUGCAAGCCAACCCCAUCCUUGAAUCCUUUGGCAAUGCCAAGACGGUGAAAUUGUCGUCCAUGCCUGAGAACACAGUGGCUCAGAAGCUGUGCCACCUGCUGGGGCUGAAUGUGAUGGAGUUUACCAGGGCUAUUCUGUCCCCCCGCAUCAAAGUGGGCCGAGACUACGUCCAGAAGGCCCAGACCAAAGAACAGGCUGACUUUGCAGUGGAAGCCCUGGCCAAGGCCACAUAUGAGCGUCUGUUCCGCUGGCUCGUCCACCGCAUCAAUAAGGCCCUGGACAGGACCAAGAGACAGGGAGCCUCCUUCAUCGGCAUCCUGGACAUCGCUGGCUUUGAGAUCUUUGAGCUGAACUCAUUUGAGCAGAUGUGCAUCAACUACACCAACGAGAAGCUGCAGCAGCUGUUCAACCACACCAUGUUCAUCCUGGAGCAGGAGGAGUACCAGAGGGAGGGCAUCGAGUGGAGCUUCAUCGACUUCGGCCUGGACCUGCAGCCCUGCAUYGACCUCAUUGAGAGACCGACCAAYCCUCCAGGAGUUCUGGCCCUGUUGGAUGAAGAGUGCUGGUUCCCYAAGGCCACUGAUAAGACAUUUGUAGACAAGGUGCUCCAGGAGCAGGGCACCCACCCCAAGUUCCAGAAACCCCGGCAGCUGAAGGACAAAGCCGACUUCUGCAUCAUUCACUACGCUGGCAGGGUGGACUACAAGGCUGACGAGUGGCUAAUGAAGAACAUGGACCCUCUGAACGACAACGUGGCCACGCUGCUCAACCAGUCCACUGACAAGUUUGUGUCUGAGCUCUGGAAGGACGUGGACCGUAUCGUGGGUCUGGACCAGGUAGCAGGGAUGAACGAGACGGCCUUCGGCGCAGCCUAUAAGACCAAGAAGGGCAUGUUCCGUACGGUGGGCCAGCUCUACAAGGAGUCUCUCACCAAGCUCAUGGCCACGCUGAGGAACACCAACCCCAAUUUUGUCCGCUGCAUCAUCCCCAACCACGAGAAGAGGGCUGGUAAGCUAGACCCCCACCUGGUUCUGGACCAGCUGAGGUGUAAUGGUGUUCUGGAGGGGAUCCGUAUCUGCAGACAGGGCUUCCCCAACCGUAUCRUYUUCCAGGAGUUCAGACAGAGGUAUGAGAUCCUCACCCCCAACGCCAUCCCCAAGGGCUUCAUGGAUGGCAAACAAGCCUGUGAGAGAAUGAUCCGAGCCUUGGAGUUGGAUCCUAACCUGUUCAGGAUUGGKCAGAGUAAGRUSUUCUUCAGGGCUGGAGUGCUGGCUCACCUGGAGGAGGAGAGAGACAUGAAGAUCACUGACRUCAUCAUCUACUUCCAGUCUGUCUGCCGGGGAUACCUGGCCCGCAAGGCGUUUGCUAAGAAGCAGCAGCAACUGAAUUGUCUGAAGGUGCUUCAGAGGAACUGUUCUGCCUACCUGAAGCUGAAGCAUUGGCAGUGGUGGAGACUCUUUACCAAGGUGAAGCCCCUGCUGCAGGUGACCAGGCAGGAGGAGGAGAUGCAGGCCAAGGAUGAUGAGCUUGUCAAGGUGAAGGAGAAGCAGACCAAGGUGGAGGUAGAACUGGUGGAGAUGGAGAGAAAGCACUCACAGCUGAUUGAGGAGAAGAACAUCCUAGCGGAGCAGCUGCAGGCCGAGACGGAGCUGUUUGCCGAGGCUGAGGAGAUGAGAGCCCGUCUGGCCGCUAAGAAGCAGGAGCUGGARGAGAUCCUUCAUGACCUGGAGUCUAGAGUGGAGGAGGAGGAGGAGAGAACCCAGGGCCUGCAAAGUGAGAAGAAGAAGAUGCAGUCUCACAUCCAGGACCUGGAAGAGCAGUUGGAUGAGGAGGAGGCUGCCAGGCAGAAGCUGCAGCUGGAGAAGGUGACAGCCGAGGCCAAGAUGAAGAAAUUUGAGGAGGACAUCUUGCUCCUGGAGGACCAGAAYUCCAAGUUCCURAAGGAGAAGAAGCUCCUGGAUGACCGUGUGAAUGAGAUGAUGUCCCAGCUGACUGAGGAGGAGGAGAAGGCCAAGAACCUGGGCAAGACAAAGAACAAGCAGGAGGUKAUGAUGGUGGACCUGGAAGAGCGUUUGAAGAAGGAGGAGAAGACUCGUCAGGAGCUGGAGAAGGCCAAGAGGAAGCUGGAUGGAGAGACCACAGACCUGCAGGACCAGAUAGCUGAGCUGCAGGCCCAGAUAGAGGAGCUCAGGGUGCAGCUGGCCAAGAAGGAGGAGGAGCUACAGGCUAUACAGGCCAGGGGAGACGAGGAGGUGACCCAGAAGAACAACGCCCUGAAGCAGGUACGGGAGCUACAGGCCCAGUUGGCAGAGCUGCAGGAAGACCUGGAAUCAGAGAAGGUCUCYAGGAACAARGCUGAGAAGCUCAAGAGAGAUCUGAGUGAGGAGCUGGAGGCCUUAAAGACUGAGCUGGAGGACACCCUGGACACCACCGCAGCCCAGCAGGAGCUCAGGACCAAGCGUGAGCAGGAGGUGACRGAGCUGAAGAAGGCCAUCGACGAKGAGACCAAGAACCACGAGGCYCAGAUCCAGGAGAUGAGACAGAGACACUCCACGGCCCUGGAGGAGCUGUCUGAGCAGCUAGAGCAGACCAAAAGGUUCAAGGUCAACCUGGAGAAGAACAAGCAGARCACAGAGAGUGCCAACAAGGAGCUGGUCAGUGAGGUAAAGGGGCUGCAGCAGGCCAAGACGGAGUCAGAACACAAGAAGAAGAAGCUGGAGGCCCAACUCCAGGAGUUCAUGGCCCGGGUCACAGAGGGAGAGAAGGGCAAGGGAGAGCUGGCCGACCGCUCCCACAAACUACAGACGGAGCUGGAUARUGUGUCUGCUCUGCUGGAAGAUGCAGAGAGGAAGGGAAUCAAGCUGGUUAAAGACACCACUGUCCUGGAGRGYGCUUUGCAGGACACACAGGAGCUUCUCCAGGAAGAGACGCGUCAGAAGCUGAACAUGAGCAGUCGUAUCCGCCAGCUGGAGGAGGAGAAGAGCACCCUGCAGGAGCAGCAGGAGGAGGAYGAGGUGGCGYGCAGAAACCUGGAGAAACAGCUGUGCACACUGCAGGCCCAGCUGUUUGAGACCAAGAAGAAGCUGGAGGAUGACGUGGGGAUGGUGGAGGGUCUGGAGGAGGUGAAGARGAAGCUGCAGAAGGACAUGGAGCUGGCCACCCUGAGRYUGGAGGAGAAGGGCAUCGCCUUUGAGAAGAUGGAGAAGACCAAGACCCGCCUGCAGCAGGAGCUGGACGACCUCAUGGUGGAUCUGGACCACCAGAGAACCAUCGUCUCCAACCUGGAGAAGAAGCAGAAGAAGUUUGACCAGUUGCUGGCUGAGGAGAAGAACAUCUCUGCACGCUACGCUGAGGAGAGGGACAAGGCUGAGGCAGAGGCCAGGGAGAAGGAGACCAAGUCCCUGUCUCUGGCCCGGGCUCUGGAUGAGGCUCUGGAGGCCAAGGAGGAGUUUGAGAGACUCAACAAGCAGCUGAGGAGUGAGAUGGAGGACCUAAUGAGCUCCAAGGACGACGUGGGCAAGAACGUCCAUGAGUUGGAGAAGUCCAAGAGGACUCUGGAUCAGCAGCUGGAGGAGAUGAGGACUCAGCUGGAGGAGCUGGAGGACGAGCUGCAGGCCACGGAGGAYGCCAAGCUGCGUYUGGAGGUCAACAUGCAGGCCAUGAAAGCCCAGUACGAGAGAGACCUGCAGGGGCGAGACGACCAGAACGACGAGAAGAAAAGGGCGCUUGUCAAACAGGUGCGUGAGAUGGAGGCAGAGCUGGAGGAUGAGAGGAAGCAGAGAGCCCUGGCCGUGGCUGCUAAGAAGAAGCUGGAGAUGGACCUGAUGGACAUGGUGGGACAGAUAGAGGGCGCCAACAAGGCCCGUGACGARGCCAUCAAGCAGCUACGCAAAUUGCAGUCCCAGAUGAAAGACUACCAGAGGGAGUUGGAGGACGCCCGGGCCUCUCGGGACGAGAUAUUCUCCCAAUCCAAGGAGAACGAGAAGAAGCUGAAGAGCCUGGAGGCCGAGGUUCUCCAGCUKCAUGAGGACCUGGCGGCGUCAGAGAGGGCGCGGCGCCACGCAGAGCAGGAACGGGAUGAGCUAGCGGAUGAGAUCUCCAACAGCACCUCGGGCAAGUCUGCCUUGAUGGAUGAGAAAAGGAGGCUGGAGGCUCGCAUUGCUCAGCUGGAGGAGGAACUAGAGGAGGAACAGGGCAACAUGGAGCUGCUCAAUGACCGCUUCCGCAAGACCACCAUGCAGGUGGACACCCUGACCCUGGAGCUUGUGGCAGAGCGCAGCUUGGCCCAGAAGAGUGAGAAUGCGCGCCAGCAGCUGGAGAGGCAGAACAAGGACUUGCGGGCCAAGCUGGGYGAGCUGGAGGGCUCCGUGAAGAGCCGGUUCAAGGCCUCCAUCACCGCCCUGGAGGCCAAGAUACUGCAGCUGGAGGAGCAGCUGGAGCAGGAGGCUAAGGAGCGAGCAGCGGCCAAUAAGCUUGUGAGACGGACAGAGAAGAAGCUGAAGGAGGUGUGCAUGCAGGUGGAGGACGAGCGCCGCCAUUCCGACCAGUACAAGGAACAGAUGGAGAAGGCCAGCUCUCGCAUGAAGCAGCUGAAGAGACAGCUUGAGGAGGCUGAGGAGGAGGCCACACGUGCCAACGCCUACCGCAGGAAGCUGCAGAGGGAGCUGGAUGAUGCCACUGAGGCCAGCGAAGGUCUCAGCCGUGAGGUCAACACACUCAAGAGCCGCCUCAGGCGUGGAGGCCCCAUCAGUUUCUCCUCCAGCCGCUCGGGCAGGCGUCAGCUGCAGGUGGAGGGAACAUCGCUCGACCUCCUAUCCGACGACGAGGUGGAAAACAAGCCCACRGACGCCAAUGCCAACGAGACRCCAGCRGCUCCCCAACCAGAGUAGAAGCUCUCCCUCCAGCCCACACGCAGCAUGGCCUCYGCCCCCACAAMCCUUACCCCUGUCCUCCUAACCCCAGACACCAGCAGUGGACCCCACUACUCUGCCUUACCCCUCUAUGGCAAGCUGCAGGGCCAAGCAAAUCCAUAAUCUCCUCCAUAUGAAUAUACUGCACAUCAAGCCUUGRAUUCGUUUUUAACAUCAAUUGCAGAUAAAAGUGCAUUUAAAUUGCAUAGGAGUCUGAGUGUGCAUAAGCACUCGAAAACAAAUAACAGGAAAACAAAUAAUUAUGUUAAGCUACUUCCCUGGAACAGCCAUUAGAAUCAAACAGCCCUCUAGCUAGAAUUUAACCACUGUCAUUUCAGCUGGUUUACUGGCACACAGGUGGACGACUGCACACAAGUCGGUAAAAACAUGUGUCUUUGAUGAUUGUACAGGAUUGGACCAGGAUAUGUAAAACAAAGCACAGCAUAAGCGAGGGAAUUAUUUUUAAAUGGUAGC